CGCGAGGAAAUGGAGCUGGAUGAGAGAAGGAGGCGUGAGGACGAGGAUGUAUCCAAGCUGGAUUCUAAUGCUAUUGGAGAGGGUCAGCUUUGGUAUCUCAUUGGAGCUGACUGGCUUAAGGAAUGGCAUGCCUUCAAGGCUGGAGAUCGGCCCCCUGGUCCCAUCAGAAACUCACAGUUUCUCAAGGAUAACGGACAGCCUCGAGCAGGCAUGAAGCGAGGUUUAGACUAUCGCGGAAUUAACAACAGUGUAUGGCGAUAUCUGUAUGACAUUUACGGCGGCGGCCCAGAGUUUGUUCGAGCGACUCUGGACUUGUAUGCACCGGAUCCCAAGACACUCCCUUCGGGUCAAAUGCGCAAUAGUGCUCGAGGCAAUGUGCACUCUAUUUCACCGCGGCAGCAACACUCACAAGAUGCGAGUUAUCAGCACCAGCACCAUCGUCAGAAAAACGGGCAUACAAAAAAGCUUAGUGCCAAACAUGGCCCCGGGGCAUCGAUUCCUCCGGCAAGGACAGGUUAUGCGUAGGCAUUUCUUCACGUGCACGGCUGCACAAAUUGUCCAUGAAGUUCGUUCCUGAAACUCUAUUGGUCUCAACUUUUGAAUGAAUAUAUGCAUAGAUAGUCAAUCGGCGUGUCUUCUU